GCCACUGCUUCUCACCCCCUGCCUGAUUUGAUCACCGCAGGCUGAGCCACAACUGCCUCAAGGAUGCUGGGAUGAUGUUGCUGGCAAAGGGAUUGGUUGAGAGUGAAAAACACCUGGAGACACUGCAUCUUUGGAAUUGCUCCCUCACCCAGAAGUCGGGUCCACAUCUCCAAGCCAUCAUCAAGAGCUGUCCCAACCUGAAGACGCUUGUGCUUGGUGAGAAUGCCAUCGAGGACGAUGGCGCAAGACGGCUCGCUCGAGCGCUACUGGACGAGAGGAAGGCUGGGAGACAAAUUCAACUGGAGAAGUUGCACAUGCAAGGAUGUGGUAUGACGGAAAAAUCUGCGUCUGCCCUUCGUGAUAUCAUCGUUGCCUGCAGCAGACUGAAGGUGCUCCGGCUAAGCGAUAACCGGAUCGCAGACACAAGUGUGGAUAUGAUGGCCAAAGCAAUGGGAAAUGAAAAUGAACAUCUGGAGGAGUUGGCGUAAGUAUACGAG